GUUUUGUUAGGGAUCUAGAUCUAGUAUUUUUUGUGACUUAAGUCUCACAAGUAAAUGUCGAUGUAUGCAUAGGUUUGAUCAAAGUAGAAGUUAAAAUGUAAAAUCUACAUGUAGAUAAAGACGAGCUAGUUAAUUAAGGUCAGAGGUAACAGAUACAUUUGUGUAUUAGGGCACGAACAUCGCCCACAUUAGAGACCAGAGACAACUUUGACCAAUUACAAAAUGAGUGAUCUCGGAGAAGACGACGGGAAAAGCGCUGAUUGGAUAAGGGAGGUAAGUGAUGAUAGCGAUAACGAAAACGGCGCCUGCAUGGCGCGAAAGUAUUAUUCGGAGUACAGCCGCAACAGCAGCGACCUGCUUAUGGUAGACGAGGACGACGCGCCCCGGUGGACGGGCAGCGAGGCCGGUUUUAGGAGGACGGACAGCCCCAUCAUAUCCAACAUGGAGGAUUACCACGCCGGUCCUGAGUUUGAAGAGAGAAGCAACUGGAUGACCGGCGAGCCAGAGCUAGGGGCGCAUCGCUCCACGUCCGAGACGGAUCACAACGAGAACCAUCUGAUCAAUAUCGAUUACAGGGGCGGAGAGGCGUUCUGUGAUUCGGACAUCAUGUCCAGUGACCAGUCUUUGUCGGACUAUGAGCAGAACGAUGGACGAUGGUCGAGCUCCGAGUCGAGCAAGAAGAAUGAAACAGGACGUACUAGAAUAGUACAACAUACAACAGAGUGUGCCAUGCCGAGAGAUGGUAUGCCGGUGUUUAGCCGCAGUGCCGAGACUGCGCGUUCAAAGCUGGACCACACGCAAAGACCUGACAGGCUGUAUACCAGAAGACUAGCCGUAAGGAAAAGAAUUGUUUCCGGCGAUCAGAGCGUUGGACAAACAGCGUCUAAGAAAUCCCAAAGACGCAUCCAAAUCAAGAUCAAAGGCUCAAAGAGUUGCACGACAGAGUGUGAGAUUAUAAAGCCCAAUGCGGACAAGAAUUAUCCUCGUCCGGAUAGGACAAAAUUCUCAAGCCUCUAUGAGGAGAUACUGAGAAGCGAAGCCUUUGCUCAGCUCGCAGAAGAUUAUGACAACGGCGAGGACGACUACUCGGACUUUGGCGACGACGGUCCUGUCUCUGAAAUCACUGGACUGGACACAUCGGAGUCCAAGUCUGAGAGCUCCCGAAAAAGGGUUAGCGUGUCCAGUGUUUCGUCGAGGACAGGGAGUUCCGAAGAAAGUCUAAGAGACGGCGCUGUGCCGGGAGGGAAAGUGAAUUCAGUGACAGCGGCUGAGAUAAGUCCACAACGUCUUGGUAGGACCAUGACCCCAACAUAUCAAACGAGCAACUCGGGGCGUAAUCAAGCUAUCGUAGACCGGAAUUUCGAGUUACUUCCCAAGAACUUAGAAACUGUUAGGAAAAAAAACAAGCCUACAGCUACCACUGCAUCAAAAAACUGCAGUGGCUUUAGCAAUAAAAAUGAAAAACCUCUUUUUUUCAACGUGACAUUAGCAGCUAAAUUAAACAUUCAUGGCAUUGGCAGCGAAGAAGAGGUGUCGAACUUUAAUGAAAGCAGUCGCAGUGCAGCACAGGCACAGAGUUCAAAGUUUUCGUUAGAGAGUAGCGGGGCCCACGGUUUCCUUAACAACGUAUUAGAACAAGCUUACAUGAAUACACUCAGAAAGCAUGAGGUUUCUAGCAAAGAUAACCCAACAGAUACUAAUGCUUCUCCAAAUGUCAUUAAUGGGGCAGAUCGUGUAGAAGUAACGGCUAAUAUUUCUCAGCCUACCUCAAUCAGCGUAAGAGACGAUUCUACUCUUGAGAAACAGGAAGUAACAGUAGGGAGCGGAGAUACUGUAAAUGCCCAGUUAUUAAACGCAGAAAACGAGUCAUCAGUGAAGGCUGAGUACGCAACUUCUGAAACGAUCGCUCUUGAACAGCACGGAGACCUAAAUGAUGAAAAACAGGCAGAGAAUCUCAGUGUAUCCAAAGAAGAGUAUACACCCCAUGAAGCUAAUCUAUCUACAGUUAAGCCUCAGAUAUCAAAAGCAGAAGACGGGCUCAAUGACCCUAAUUCCAAUACUGCAGAAGAAGCUUUGGAAUGCUCAUCUAGUCCACCAGCACAUACGCAACGUCAAUACUACAUGUCUUUCCUGAACGUCCUUAGGAACAAAAAACUGAUCAACAAAAAAGUGCGUCGUCCGCCUCAGAAAUUUUUCAAACUUUUGCACUCUAAACCUGAAACGUCGCAGCUCAAACUGAAUGAAUCGAACGCCGAUUUCCGAGAAACUAGUUCAACCAAAGAUAAAUGUAACAAAAUGCCAGCUAAGCAUUUCCCAAAAGGAAGGGAAGUUCCACCAGGGUGGAAGCCAGGACAGUACUCCACUGCUUCGUUAGGCAAUAAGACAGCAGGUCUGAGCGAGCCUUCUCCAAAGAAAAAAACUAAAAAAACAAACGUAGGGAAAAGUAAGCCGAACAUGAAAGGUUGCAAUAACAACAAGAAGCGACAAGUCCUUUCGGAUGUUUCCGUGAAUGACAUGGAGUCGGAAGAGUCAGUGCCGGCUCGCACCAGAAGGCCCAGUGACUCUUCCGAGAGUAGCGCGAGUACAGAAAGCAAGCACACUUUGGGGUACGGGGAGAGGUACAACCCCCAUUCGGAAGAGAGCACUGAGAUGGAGCAGAGGGGGAAGAAAACGUUUGGACAAGAGUUUGAAACCAAAAGACAGUACUACGAGAGGCUGACCAAGAUCAAGAAGAAGACCACGGGUGGAGCAAUGGACAGAAGAUACCUCACAUCUCAAGUAAAGUUCCUGAAGACCAUCGACGAGUUUUGCAGCGCCGAGGAUUACGAUCACGUAGACUACGACUCUUACGAGGACUGCAGUGGCUCCACAGAGUUUCAGCUGGACUCGGUCGACUAUCACAUUUCUUUAGCUCAGUAUUACUCUGGCCGGCCUUCUAAUAUGCAGAUAAUCAAAGGAGCUCCACCGAGCGAGCUAAUGCCAGGCUGCGCUGGAGUUCGUAUCAGAAAGGCACAGAAUAACGUCCCUUCGGCCAUGGAUACGGAGAGACUAAAAUCUCUUUAUGUUGACGAAUCGAAUUCAAAGGGCAAGCUCGGUAUGUGGAGUCUGAAUACACUAUACGCACAUAAAGUUGGUAUUUCUGAGAUCCCAAGGGAAUCCAAUUUGUCCCUUUUGUCCUCCUUUGCCGAGAGUAAGGAUGACACUGUUGACCCUAGCCUAUCACUGGAACGAAAAAUUAAAACAAAACAAACUCGCAAACGAGGCUUAGAAAGAAACCGAGAAUUCAAGCAGGGAAAAUAUAGAUCUGUUAAGACGUCUCACCUAGAGAAGCUAGCUGUGUUUGAAUCUGAACGGAAAGUCACAUACUUGGAUGUACUCAAGUCUGGUUACUCAUCCAAGUUCAAUAAAGCCUCUAGAGAAAACAAUGUUUCUGAUAGCCAACAAAUUAUUAGAAGAGAGACUCCUACAGUUCAAAAAUCAAAGUCUUGUGAGAACCCCGGGAACAAAUUUCAAGCAGCACCUUUUCAAAAAGAGACUUCUCCUCCCGCUGAUCCGGAAAGCCCAAGGCGUCUCAAGUUAGUUCGUUUUAACGAGCCCAAAGCCCUUGAAGAUGGUAAAGCCACUGACCAAGUGGACAGGUCCGAGGAAGAUACUUGGUGCUAUUCUGUCAACGCCAUGCUGUUGAGAGCAAACCAAGCUUUGGAGCAGCAGAAAACCGCCAACGAUGAAAACGAACACCACUUCCCGAGACCGGAGUCUGCAAAAGUAGUUGCCCCCGUCGUAAAGCCCAUGUCAUCAAGCUUCCUAAGUGAGCUCCUGGAACAAGACAAAGAGGAGCAGAAAAUUGUCAAGCAGUCGCAAAAGUUGCGCCGAACAGAGUUGUCCAAGUCUGGUGAGGAUCAAAUCCAGGGUAAGAAAAACAUCAAUAACAAUGACAACACCAACGAAAACAGAGUCACUAUGUCUUCAUUUUCUGUACCGCUAGCCUUGCUAUCGGAAGUGAAACCUAGCUCAGCCUUGACGAAUAUCGCUCCGUGUAUACAGCAAGCUACAAACUAUGUCCCCGAGGCACCAAAGCACUCGGCUGGGAUAUUGAAAAUUAAAACGACUGUUGCUAGCAAGAAGCCCAAGGAGAGACUGUCAUGCAGAGAGCAGAAGACAUUCCUUGGAGACUUUCCAGCCAGUAUGUAUUUUAGCACAACUCAAUCGCAGCCGAAUAUUCCACCUAAGAAACUUUUACCACUGAGAUACGUAUCACCCCUAGAUGCUUCGACUCAAAUCGGUGCCAAAAAUUGGACUCCUGUCAGAAUACUCAAAGAAUCGCUUGGCCAGAGAGUUACAAGCGAUAACCUAGAGCCUAAACAGCAAAUUGGUGAAAACCUCUUGGCUACUUCAAAAGUCACACCUAAAAGCAUUUUUCCAGGCCUGAAAUUCAAACCGGCUGAUCACAGAGUCUCCACCAUUGUUCAGAUGUUCUCAGACUUCAACAACAGCGCUAACUCGGACGGCUCUAGUCUAGAUCAAGAUGAUUAUUUCGAUCAAUUGGAUCUACCUUCUGAUGUUUCAGGUCAAGAGACGAGGAACGGGUCUGUGAGAACGCAAAGCGUCCAAAGUUCCUCGGUUUACACCACCAAUCAAUCCUCGAUAGAAUCUAACACAUCUCUGGUGUCAAGCACGAAAAUUGAACAGCAGAGCAUCAAAAGCGGCGAUAUUUCUUUGACAUUAGACAGAUAUAAAAGCAAUUCUGAAAUUGAGGACAAGAGAUCAAUCACUAGCUUGAGCCUGACUUAUGGAGUUCGCAACGAUCCAGACGCUCUGCGUAUCGAGGGAGUAAUGGGAUUCUUAGGCAAGAGCCAAAAAUGUUCUGAGGGUCAAAGAUCCAGCUCAAAGCCACACAAAAGUUCUGGGGGUCAAAGAUCCAGCUCAAAGCCACACAAAAGUUCUGGGGGUCAAAGAUCCAGCUCAAAGUCACACAAAAGUUCUAGGGGUCAAAGAUCCAGGUCAAAGCCACGCAAAAGUUCUUGGGGUCAAAUAUCCAGCUCAAAGCCACACAAAAUUUCCUUUACCGACCAUGCUAGUCUACAGAACUUAAUGCCGUACAGCGAAUCGCCCGAUGCUAGUGUUGUGAAUAUCAACGGGAUGGAUAGUCUCACGUUUAUAUCUGCAGCACUCCAAUAUACCGACAACGAUGACGCCAGAGCACGAGUUGCACAAAGCAAUGCUGAGAUAAUCGAGUACUGUCAAAGAAACGAAGAAUCGUUAGCUCCCAGUGAACCAAUGUACACUGGCGUCUGGGAUCCUAACUAUCUGACAGAUUACGAUCAAAUCGAAUUAUUGGCCGCUUGCAACCAGAUAAACUUUCAGGAAGCCAUCCAAAGUACCCAGACUGAUAUUGCUACAAAAGAGAAACACAGCGAACAAUCACAAAAUCCUGACUCUGGGUCACGUGAGGAAAAAGAUGAGCACAAACAAAUCGAACAAAUCACUUCCGGACAGUGUGACGCUAACUCAAGUAAGCCAACACAUCAUGAUCUGGAGCCUUUUUCCGAACUGCAUAUAACCACCUCUUCUCGAGAUUACACACCCGAAAGGACUCGUGAAUAUGCAGGUAAUAAAUCUGAAGAGCGUUUACAUCUUGCACAGUCUACAAUGGCAUUAUACGGCUAUCAUUGCCUUAACGCCAAGAGCAAACAAGACAAAAGAUUACCAAGAAAAGACAUCCCAAGAAAGGCAUUGAAGCCGUAUUUGUUUGAGUUUGGCAUCGAUAACAGCGUUAAGGGCUUUCAGACAAAUCUGAGAGAAAUGAAAUCGGCUAAUGAUCAGAAAGAUCACACUGAUAAAGGGAAUGUCCACGUAAGUCCAUUGGAAGGAACCUGCAAUGUUGGUGAUAAAAGUCGUAGUACGGUCUAUUGGGAAGAGCCCGAUUUUAACAGGGACGAGUUACAAUUGCAGCAACCCAAUUCCGACAAGGUGGGUGACCCUUGUUGUCAGACGGCGGAAAACCUUGGUCACGAUACAUUUGUGUCUGCGCACUACGACACAAUGGGGGACCUAACAGGAUCGGACUUGUUGCUGACUAAUCCACAAGAGAACGAGUCAGUCACGAAAACGAGCGCCCCGUGCACCAAAGAGUCGCACACGACGGAGAUAAUAGAUGUCACGGACACUGAUCUUUUGUAUAAAAUGGAUAUGGUAAGGGUCGGUGAGGAUCGUCAAGAUAUGAGCACUGCGUCACAGUUUUCCGACUUUGCCGUGGACGAUACGUUGUCUGAGCAUCCAACUGAAAAAGGAAAGAACAAACAAGCUAAACCAGACAAAAAAUACACCCCGAGUGACGGAGCAUUGCAAAGAAAUGGAAAAGACAAAAUUCAGGGCAGUUUAGAGUUGACCGUGGCCAAUUCGUCUUGUAUUGUUUAUAAAAGAAUUGGCUUGUCCCCUGACGAGACAAAUAUACAUCGGCACUGGAACCCGAACAAAGAAUAUCUGAGGCUCUUGCGAGGUUCAGAUCUCCUUCAAACUGUAGCACAGGACAAGCAGAGGCUGUCUACACACCUUCAGUCCCUGGUUCGGGUGGUGAAUUACAUCCCGGCCUUUCAAAUACGGUCUCUGCAGCCACCAGAGAUGAUUCCCGUUGUCCUACAGAUCAGAAGAUGCGGUUCAGAGUCCAUGGACGAUGUGGAACUGAAGGAAGGCGUCCAGACUAUCCCUGUGUUCUAUUUACAAGAGAAAGGAUCUAUUCUAGAAAGCGUGUUUACUGUCUAUUAUCUGAGACCUGGAGUCUACAGUAUGGAGACAUUGGAAGAGGCUAGACAGGACUACGGCAGAUAUGAAAUGUCACCGUUCAAAGCAAGACUUUUCUCAGGUCGACUGAGCCUAUUUAGUCCACUCUACCAAAUCAAUGUAGAAACAAUAAGACAGCUAUAUGUGUUCGGUACUGCUGUGGCUACCUACGACAAAGCUCUUAAUCGUUUGGCUGAAAUCUAUGACGAAGCCAAGCUUGAAAACGACGCUGGGAUCUACUUCAAUCUCACCUGCGGUUGGGCGCCCAAACACGUCUUGGUCAAAGGGAGGGAAUUGCACACAUUAAAGUCGUAUUGUGAUAGAUGCACUAGCAAGCUGCAUGACAUUUUUGAGAGACAAGAUGAGCGAGAGGGCAACCAGACCACUGACAACUCCGUCAAGAUGUGUCAUGGAACAUGUGACAAAUGCGGUAGGUGCGUGGCCAGCUUCCCUCUGAUGAAAAACAUCGAAGGUGAUGUGAAGCAACACAGUAAUGGCUGGAUGGUGGAUAGAAAAGGUCUCGCCCUUCCUAUAAACACGAAGCCUAAAGUAAAAUGCGCCUCUACUUUGGCAUUGCCAAGACUGAGAGCCGGCAAAGGAUUCGACGCUCGACAUCCGCCUCAGAAAGAAGCCCAAAGACUGACUUUCAGUUUGCCUCCGGUCACCGCAAGAGCAGCAUUGCUAGAGACCAACGCCGUGAAGUCGACAAAGCCUAAGCAGUCCAUUUCGUCGCCUAAUAUGUACACAGAAACUUGGUGGUGGGGAGAGAUUGAGCAGCAGCGCCGGAGAGAGAUGGACAACUUCAAGAAAGACAUUAGAGAGAAUUUCAGCGAAGUGGAGCUUGUCAUUUUCACUGACGAUGUGAGGUCUAAGCAGAAACAGAGACUGCAAGAGAUUAAGGAAGAAAUGAGGAUGCAGAGACAAAGCCCUGUCUCAGAACAGAAAGAGUUACUCGAUAUCGAUCACGACCCCCCACCAUCUUUGGCUGGAGAUCAUGCCCCAAUACGUAUACCUAACAAUGAAACUCUUUGCAGUUUGUCUUUUUCCAGUGAGUCUGAUCACUCGUAUCAAAAGAAAGCAGGGGACGCUUCCUAUCUGCAUAAAGACAUUCCCAUCCCUCCGGCAUCACCAAUAAAGAAAAAACAAAACGUAACGGAACCUUCCAUGCAGUUGUUCUCAAAUUAUUUCCAAAACCUGGCACCCCAAAACAAAGCCACAUGGGUUAGAGACUACCUGGAGCCUCCACCAAGAGCAUAUUCUGGGCCAGCCAAGAGCGUGCUGCCAAAGAACAGAGAUGCGAAAUCGUCCUUGCAGAGAGUUCCAUCAAAACUACCUCCCAUGAGUAGAGAUAAAGCGAUCAGACCACGUAAAGCUGUUCAUCUCCAGACUAAACCAAGUCUGCUGCUGAAACAUUCACGUGUUCAGAAAGGAAACAAGAAGCCCAGAAAGUCCUCGUCUUUGAGCAGCACCAACAGCGAUGAGCGCAGUGGGAGCAGCCGGAGCACAAGCAUGUCCUCACUGACCGACGCGGACUCUACCAAGUCGGAUUUUUUGGCCCACUAUAAAAAAAUCGGCGGACCAACCAGCAUUGAGGACAUAUUCUCUCGGACUUUGCCCCUACUCAGGAAAACUCAGUACGAUGCCAGCACUGCGUGGCGGCGAAAGCUGUUAGAGUCAAACAAAUUGGACGCAGAGUUUAUGGAAGGGGACGAGUUUCUGAAGUCCCUCGGUAGCCACCUGCCGGAAGCGCGCAACAAGGAGCAAGGGGAUGAUACUUUGUCUACACAUUCCGAGGUGUCUACUUUGCAUGACUUUGAUUUGUGUGACGAUGCCGACGAGAUGAGAGAAUUGUGGAAACUUGUUUUUCCAGAAGUGAACUUCUGGGACAGAAAGAGGAGAUGCAAUAAAUACAGAAAAAGAUCUGUCAAGAUUUACUAGUCAAAAGAAAACGUGAUUGAAUCUAUGGCACCAGCCAUUUUGAUAUGCAUAUAGGUUUUUAUUUUAUGAAAUUUAAACAUAUGUAACUUGCAUAUUAUAUUAAUAUUUGUCAUUAAAUAUAAAACUAGGAUUAAAAUGUUUAUAAAGUUAUAAAAACAACAACAACCGAAAACAAAUAGCUAUACUCCGUUAUUUUAAAUAAUAUUAUAUAGUUCGAAAUUUAAAGUGAACUAGACUGGAUAUCAGCAACUAUCUUUAAUGGUAAAUUAAACAGACCCCUACUAUCAUUGCUUCUAGAAUCGUUACCUGAAAGAAACAAGUAAUUUGUGUUGACCUUGACUUUAUUGCUUCCGGUUUAGCAAUGUCACAUUUCGGCGUCAGUUACUUAUAAUUCGCUUGAGCUUACUCAGUGCUAGGUCCAGUAACAGAGAUUGAAUCUCACAUUAGGCAGUUUGCGGUCAUUUUUUUAUUUAUUCUAAACUCUACCAAUGGAUCUUAACAAUUUACAUUCAGUUGCUGGAAACUAUUAGUCACUUAUAUAAACAUUUUCUUUGUUAAUAUUUAUAUCUACAAACUGACUAUAUGUUGUACUUGCUAAGAUACCAAACUAAUUUGAAAUAAAAACCUGUUGAAAUGCAUUCA